AUGGCAAGUGAAAAUUCAUCCCUGGAGAGUAGCAAAUUCAGAAUAGUGAGCGUGACAUUGACUGUCCACUCCAUUCCCAGCAGAUCAGAGGAUGAUGUAUCAUUAGUUGAAGAUGGUGAAGAAGACAAGUUUAUUGCUUCCCAAUUCCAGGAUACAUUUGCAGAGUUGGAUGAAGAUUCAGAAGAUAUGGAUGAAACAGAAGUCAGAAAUAUUGAUCAUGCGGCUUCAUAUAGGUCAAGAACAGAAAUUGAUCUUGAAGUUCCGGUGACAAUAAUAGAUGAAAUCCCUGAAGUGAAUAUUUAUACUUUAAAAGUAAAUGCAAAUGAAACAACUGAUUCAAAGGAACACAAUAUGUUACAAGGAAAUGUCCACUGCAAAGCCAUAGAUCAAUCUAAGAACAAUUAUGAACGGAAUGAAAGCAGACAAGAGAGGACAAAAAGUAAAUCACCUUAUUCACCAGGAUUGGAAUCUCAUGACAAAAAUCCUAAACAGAACAAAGAUCCAUUCAUGCAGGGAUCAUUACAAAGAAAAUAUUACAAUGGCAGUAGUGUAAACAAAUGUGAACAAACAAAUGAAUUAAAGGAAUCAAAGUCAUCAAUGCUUUUCCCUUCUACCAUGCUAAGAUCAGAUUCAGGGCUAGAUAAAGAAAGACCUGAAUUGUUUACUAAAAAAGGGCAAACAAUUAAAAAUAAGCAAAUAGUAGAAAACAAUUUCACAAAUGUAACAGAACAGACCUCACCUGUGCAAAAAAUUGGUAAUAAAGCAUCAGAACCUGCAAAAGCGUCUUUAUGGAGACAACAAACAUAUGAACCAAAAUUUGGUAUGAGGACAUUUACUGUAGUUCCACCCAAGCCGGAUGUAAAGAAAUAUGACAGAGACGUUUCUAUUUCAGCCAGUGCCAUUAAGAUAGAUGAUCUUGGAAACCUAAUCAACCCACAAUCUUCAUUUGAUAAGAAAUAUUCAAAUGAUAUUUCCAGUAUUGAAAUAGAAGGUCCUCUUGUUGAAAAAGCCAAAGAGUUCUGGAGAUCAAAUUCCAUGGAUAAGCAAGUAGGGGCCUCCAAAGAGCAACCUGGCAAAAAUAUUGCACCUGUUAAAAGUGUUAAGUUGAAUCACCAAGAACCAGAUACUAAAUUCAAUCCUCGAUCAUCAAAAGGAUUAACACAGCAGACACUUAAAAAUCAUGCAAGUGACAGAGUUAAUGGAGUAAAACAAAACAAACUAGUGCAGCCAACAAUUCCUCAAGAGAAAAUGAUUAUAUUAGAGCAUACCAACAAGUUGAGAACAGAUCUGCCUUUUUUAAAACCUACCCAAAGAACAUCAAGCCAAUAUGUUGCAUCUGCCAUUUUCAAGAAUACUGAACCAUCAUUUAUGAAAUCACUGGAAAAGGUAGAAGCCAUACAGGAAACUUACAGCGGUUAUCAAAUAUUACCUUCUUCAAAAAGCAGUAGCAUUGCUGUGAGAGAGCCAAAUAUUCAGAAUAUAACUGUAGAACGUCAGGAAACAAGUGCAGAAUAUAAAACACUUACCAGCAGUAAUGUUUUAACGAAAGAAAACCAUCCAAAAAGAGAACUGACCAACACAAGCAAUGUUGUUCAUGCACAUAUGCAGAUUAAUAAAAAAAAUGAUAAAUUGUUUUAUGAGCACUAUAGGCUCAAUGGAUCUCUAAAUAUCUUGCAAAAUAAAUCUGUAACUGUAUCAGAACAAAAGCUAGAAACAAUUCGCAGUGUCUAUGUAUCUCCACCGUAUGAAUCUCAAGCCAGUUUCAUGUCUGGGACCACUUCCAAUGCCUUUCUAAAAGCUGUAAGGGACAAGUCUGCUAAACUUGAACAAUCCAAUUCAUUUGGGUCCAGUAAAGAGCCAGCAUUGUCUGUAAUUAUCAUUGAAAAACAAGACAAACCAGAUCUCAUACCUUCUACAAUAAUUGACGAGACAGAUAGAGGUGACACUAUCUUUGGUCCAAAAGCAAAGUUAAGACCAGUUCUCCAGAAACCUGUACAAAAAGACAUGUCACUUCAUAGUGCACUUAUGGAUGCUAUUCAGAGUGGUGAAGGCAAAGAAAAGCUUCGCAAAAUACAGAGUUCACUAACAAAUGGAGAGGAAAAUAAUUUUGCGGAGGCAGAAAAUGAGAGGUCUGCACUAUUGUCAGCAAUUCGGGCUCACAAUGGUCUUUCAAGACUGAAAAAAGUAUCUUCAGCUGCUUCCGAUGAACUUCAAAGAGAUUCAGAAUUACAAAGAAAAAAUGAAGAACAAGAGGCCAAACAGCAAUCAAUGACUCCACCACCACUGCAGAAACCACCCCCUCCACCUCCCAUUGUAAAAAAAUCCACAACCAAGGUCACACCAGUUUUCACAAACAACUCUGUAGAAGCAAGAGAGGCCUUAAUGGAAGCUAUUCGCUCUGGCAGUGGUGCAUCAAAAUUAAAAAAGGUCUCUGCUUCAGUGCAUACAUUGUAACAGAAAAGUAAUUGUGGAACCUAACUCUCCAAAUCUAUGUUAACCAGUAAAGGACACACUUGAGAAGCCCAGAACAGACGUCUGUGUGAUUAUCUUGUCAAAUCGCCAAUUUUAUUUUUAAACUUCAUUUUCUAUGUUUCAAAAUAUUUGUUCAAACGGGAAAAUAAUAUAUUGCUAUGCUGCAUAAUGUUAGUGCCAAGGAAAAUGUGUUUUGCCUCUAAAGUCAUUCAGAGAUUGCCCAUAAAAUAUUUAUGAUGGCAGAUGCAAAAAGAUAUGCAGCAAUGCCCAGAAAUCAAACAAUACUGUUUAGCUGUGUUAUUCUUGAUGUACACUUUCUUUUUAUUUCUAAGAUCUUAACAGUAAUCAUGCAUUUAAAACAUCCUUACGCACAUAACUUUCAGAACCUGUUCUAAGUUACUGAACUAUUCCUAAAGCAAAUUAGUAAAAAUUGAAAAUCAGGGUGAAAUUUGCAAAAUGUUAAUUUUUUUUAAAAUGUCUACUUAUUAUGUUGAUUACUCCAUGAUUAAAGGGUUACUCCAACCAUUAUACCCACUACAACCACUGUAAUGGUUAUGAUGCGAGGAGUACCCUGGCACCAUUACCAGGUAAUAGGGCAAACCAUUUUACAAUGGUAUCCUUCUUACCUGGCUUCUCAUCCACUGAAGAGCCUCCUAGCUUAACUGAGCUGCAGACCUGUAGAAGCCAUAUACCUAUUCUGUUGCCAUUUAUUGACUGUCAGCAUCAGCAGGCCAUUCUCAGCAAAUGAAUGGCAAUGUGUACAUUGAACUGUGCAUAUAAUUAACAUAGCCACAAGCUAAUAACACCCCAAUAACGAUGUCAGAGAUGGAGUUAUACCUCUGGCCAUAAAGGGACUAAAUGCAGUAUGUGCAGCAUUUCAUAGCUAAACUCUGCACAUUCAGACUCCACGCACCAUAAAUACUUCAAGUCACUGAAGUGGAUAUGGCAUUACAUUGCAGGAUUAAAUCCUCUGCUAGUUGUUAAACUGACUGAUGCUACUAAUUAAUUAGUAAGGUAACUUACACAUAAGCCUUUACAUACACUAAAAAUACAUUGGUAAAAUAUACAUGCAUUUGCAAAUCAAUUUGUUCAAUGCAGAAAUAAAAAUGAGUGCUGUUUGCAAUAGAAAGAUG